UCCGAAGCCCUAAAUCCGAGCUUCCUUCCUUCUGCAGGAAUCGAAAUAGUCGGCGAGAAUUGUGUUCUCCGUCGUGGCCCGGCGAUAAUUGUCCGAGCGAUGGCCGUUGGAAUCGGCGUUCCGAUCUGCAUUGAAUGUGGAACCCACAGCAACCCGUGCCGGUGCAAGGUGGUGGGGCCGACGCUGGGAUUCUUGGCUUUCGCAGCGGCGGCGGUGGUGGAGUGGCCGGUCGGAGCUCUGGUGUACUGCUUCCGGCACGCGAAGGGCCGCCGCAUCAUGGCGCAUCCGGCCACCGUCGUUUACCCUUCCGUCUCUAAUGCGGUUCCAAUUUGAGAGAAUAUGCAUCUUUUGUAAUUAAGCUGUAAUAUUAUGUGUAUUUUGAUGUGAUGAAUGUUUCUAAUUUUGAAAUAUUACAAAGUCAUAUUAUGGUAUAA